AGCGUCCGCGCGUUCAAGGACCGGCACUACCUCCGACGCGAGUUCGCCGACCUGAUGCCCGCGUCCACGUCCUCGGAAGACCACAAAGUGAUCCUCGAGCUCGGGUGCGGCGUCGGGAACAGCGCGUUCCCGCUGAUGCGCGCGAACCUAAACCUGUUCGUGCACGCGUGCGAUUGCUCGCCCACCGCGAUCGCUUCUCUCGUCGCGAACCCGGAGUACGACGCGCGGCGGUGCCACGCGUUCGUCGCGGACCUCUCCGAGGGGGACGCGCCGCUGCGAGGCGUGAUCGGCGACGCGUCCGUCGACGCGGUGACCGGGGUGUUCUUCUUCAGCGCGCUGGACGCGGCGACGUUUCGACGCGUCGUCGGCGAGUGUCGGAGGGCGUUGAAACCCGGCGGCGUCGUGUUGUUCCGGGAUUACUCCGUCGACGAC